GUUCAUUUCAUGGUGUUUGGAUUAAUUAAUUUGCAAUUUUAUGCGUUUGUCAAUAAAUUAAUUUUGUAAUGGCAGCUGGAACUAUUCUAAUUUUCAACUUCUAUUUAAUUUUAUUCACCUGUGUUAUAAUUAAAAUGACUCUAUCAUAUAAUUAUAAAGCGAUUGCAUCAGAUGAACGUAUUAUAAUUCCAUGUGAGGGACAAGAAGAAGCUUUUGUUGAUAAAUUUGUUGAAAUGCCUGAUGUAAAAUUUUUCUUUACUCACAAUGAUAUUCUAGUACAGGGUUCCGGUAAUGCAAUAAAAACUUUUCAACCAGAUGAAAAAGUUGAACUCAAAGUAACAACGUUUGUAAAAAAGAAAGGAUUUUGGGUUCGAACAGUUUUUUCUUUAUAUCGACCAGAUUUUUGUAAAGUUGUUUUGGAUCCAGAACAAGUAUGGUAUGGAGCAUUAAAAAAUUAUAAAGAACAAUUUGAAAUUUGCCCGCCGCCAGUUGGAACCACAUUCUUUUUGAAUAACUACACGACUACAAUACCAUUUGAAUUCAAAGAUCGUAAUUUAGUUGGUAAUUAUAAAGUACAUGUUUUGUUAGAGGGUAGUAAAAAAUCAAAAUUAUGUUUUGUACUUCCAUUGGAGUUAAGUAUAGUUGAGUGA